GAAGAUACGCGGAGACCAUCUCCAUCCUCUACACGCACAACACCUUCCAAAUCAACCAUCUCUCCACGCUGAUUCAACUCUCCUCGACACCGGUUCUCUCCCGAAUCCGUAGACUGAGCUUGUAUCAUUAUUUCCCCGUUGAUUUCGAUCCAACACGUACGCCUAAGUGAAUGAAACUGUGCGGGCCCAUCGCACCGUAUGACCUGGGGACAUGGCAUGAGGGCUGUCGCGCACUGGCCAGGAUGGUCGGACUAGAGGAGCUGAGCAUCCACAUUGGGGGCUACUCGCUGUGUGCAUGGGAGAUGUUUUCGACGGUUGCGGAGCCGUUGAGGAAUAUCCAAGUCUCCAGACUCUUUGAGGUGCUUUUGCCGUGGGACGACGAAGUGCAGGGAUAUGUAAUUCAUGGGAUGCCGUUCAAGCUGCGGGGCGCGAGCGAUCAGGAUUGUUGUUGAUGGCUAUAUCUUUCGGACCCUAUGAGAUUUCGGUGUUUCGCUCGUGUAGCAGGGGUAGCGCUAGCUAGCUAAGCAUUCGUUUCAAUGAUGAUCAUCCACAUUAGCU